CCCGGAACCAGUGAGAACGCAGGACUAGCCGGAGCCCGGAAGUGAGGACUAGCAUUGCGGCUUUUCCGGAAGCUCAGGUUUAAGCAUGGUUUUGGGAGGCAAGGAACCCAAGAGAAAGAAGGGCCGGGAGCAGAGACAGAGCUCUGAAGAUGGCGUGGGGAAUGCGGCCGCCGACUACCUGGUGGGACAGGUCGCCGACAGCCUGCGGGGCGGCCAGCGCCCUCCUGGAGGCGGGACAGGACGGCUGGCCGCUCUCUUCAGCACCGCGGAGCCGCGGGCUCCACCUGUGUUUGUGCCUGUGCCCCAGGAAACCUCUAAAAAGAGAAAACCUGAUGAAGAAGAAGAAAGGACAUCCCAGAUGACAAAGCCAGCUUUGCAAAAACCUGCAAAAAAAGCGAAAGUGAAGAAACUCUCUGAUGCAGACAAGAGGCUGGCAAACAGGGAAAGUGCUCUAGCAAGUGCUGAUCUAGAAGAAGAGAUUCAUCAGGAGCAGGGACAAGAAAGGAGAAAGUCUCAGUCUCGUGGUAAAGCAGCAGGUGGAGAAGCGCUUGGUGUUGCCCUCAGCCUCGAUGGGGACCAAAGAACAAAAAUCCCACUCAACCCCGAAGAAGAGCGGUUGAAAAACGAGAGGACCGUGUUUGUUGGCAAUUUGCCUGUCACAUGUAAUAAGAAGAAGCUGAAGUCAUUUUUCAAAGAGUAUGGACAGAUAGAAUCUGUACGAUUUCGUUCUGUGAUGCCAGCAGAGGGAACACUAACCAAAAAGUUGGCCGCAAUAAAACGUAAAUUUCAUCCUGACCAGAAAAGCAUCAACGCAUAUGUAGUGUUUAAGGAUGAGAGUUCUGCUGCAAAAGCCCUGCAGAGAAAUGGGGCCCAGAUUGCAGAAGGAUUUCGUAUUCGAGUUGAUAUCGCAUCUGAAACCACCUCUAGGGACAAGAGAUCGGUAUUUGUUGGGAAUCUUCCUUACAAAGUUGAAGAGGCUGCUUUGGAGGAACACUUUCUGGACUGUGGGAGCAUUGUGGCAGUGAGGAUCUUGAGAAACCCACUCACAGGAGUCGGCAGAGGGUUUGGCUAUGUGCUCUUUGAGAAUACAGAUGCUGUUCAUCUUGCUUUGAAGUUAAAUAACUCUGAGCUAAUGGGAAGAAAACUGAGAGUCAUGCGUUCUGUCAAUAAAGAAAAACUAAAACAACAAAGUUCAAAUCCAAGCUUGAAGAAUGCCAGUAAACCGAAGCAAAAACUUAAUUUUACUUCCAAAGAUGCAGGACAUUCCAAAAAUGCAUUCAUUGGAGAAAAGGCAGUUCUCAUGAAAAAGAAGAAAGGACAAAAGAAAAAAGUCAGAACAAAGAAACCAAAAGACCAGCAGUAAUGACAGAAACUGCCUCCUUCCUUUCUGUGGUGAACCCUUGCAACGAGCGUCUGGGCUUUUAUGGAUUGUGUGGAAAGUGUGGAGACUUCCAAGUGGCGUUGUGGUUUUUUUUUGUUUUGUAUCCAUAUUGUAUAUAAGGCUUCUUUGAAGCAUUGUUCUUAGAAAUGGAUUUACAGAAAAAUAAUAAACAUUAAUACUGGCUGUACUUAGACCAGGUGUUCAAGAGGUUACUGUGGGAAUACUGAUUCCAAAUGUAGUCAUGGUCCCUAAGAAAGACUGUGAGCUGUCUAUAAUAUACACCCAAUCUUCACCUCUCAUUUUUCUUUCUCUUGCUCCUGUAGUAGAAAUCUGCAUUUCUAUCUUAUUCCGUCCAUCUAAUUAAUUGCUAACCAAUAAGAGCACCAGGAGAAGUGUGACUGACUUCUAGUACAUAGCCAGCUUCGAGAGUGGUCAGUAAUGUCCUUGACAGGUUGGCUAUAAAACUGGUUUCACCCAGCACUUGGGAGGCAGAGGCAGGUGGAUCUCUGUGAGUUCGAGGCCAGCCUGGUCUAUAGAGCGAGAUCCAGGAAAGGCGCAGAGCUACAGAGAAACUCUGUCCCGGGGGAAAAAAAAAAAAAAAAAACUGGUUUCAUAGGAAAAAUUCUCUCAGGUAAAUGUGGUCUUUAAAUUAGUGUUACUCAGAAUGAAAUAGCUGCCCCAGAAACAUUUCCUAAUGAAUUAUGAUAACAUUUCCUAAUGAAGUAUCGUAAUUAAAUCACAAAACUUAAAGAUGAAUGACAGGACAGCAUACUGCUGUGUCCCCUAGGGGUUUGGCCUGGUUAUAGCUAAUGACAUUGAUCUCACCAAGCUGAGGCUAGGUCCAGGAUAGAGAAUUAUGGGAAGGGGUAAGCCAAGGUGGCUGAUUUAGGCAGGCAGAGUCUGUAGUAAAAGCACAUCCUAUCACUUAGGUAGGCAAGAGCACAGGAUGAGUUUUCAUAUAGUUUUGAAAUUUCUGUCUUUAGGAAAUACCAUGUAGAAAAUCUAACAGGGUGUUUAAAACGUAGUUCUAGAGGCUGGAGAGAUGGCUUCCUGGUUAAGAGCAUGAACUGCUCUUCCAGAACCUGAGUCAAUUCCUAGCACCCAUAUCAAGUAGUUCACAACUGCCUGUAACUUAAGCUCCUGGGUCCAACUCCUCUAGCCUCAGGCACCUACACUCAUGCAUAUAACUACACACACAGGCAUAUACAUACAAUUAAAAAUGAAAGUGUAGCUCUUGGAGAGCAGAGAAAGCUCCAUUUCCUGUAUCCAAGUCUGGAUAUUUUAUGCUUUGUUUCCCUUACAGUAUUUAGAAUCUUUUAAGUCUCAGCAAUGUUACUUGAUCAUUCUUGAGCAUUUUUGCCUAAAUUAUAUAAAAGAUGCAACAUUAGGUUGUGUGUUCAGCUGUGAUCUGUGUGCAUACUUAGAACUCCUGUGAGUGAGCAGCUUAAAGCAUUGCAGAUAAUACUAUAUACAUACACACAUACACAUAUUAUUGUGUGUGUGUGUGCAUAUGUGGAUGCAAGUGCAUGCAUUCCACAAUUUGCAUGUGGAGGUCAGAGAACUCUGGAGUUCUCUCCACUCCAUGCACUUUUAUUCACUGAGCCAUCCUACUGGCCAAGAUGUUUUGGAAUUUAUUACUGUGUAAUUAUUGAGAUUUCUACUUUCAUAAGCAGAAUAUGUGUGUACUACUUAAUGUUUAAAAUAUAAAAAAAAUAUUUUAUAGAACAUUUUCCUAAGAUGCUCUGUAUAAUUUUUUUUAACUUGGAAAAAUACUUGUCUUAUGUUAUAUCUGAUUAAAUACUUACAGCCCCAAGACUAUGUAUGAGUGGUCAACAGUGGUUAGAGGUUGGCUUUUAAUUGUAAUAAAAAUACUGGGUAUGUGUUUUCUAA